AGAAUAAGCACGCCCACCAGAAAUAGGUGGGGCUAGAGUCUGCUGCCAAUUUUAGAAUGGCCCUAAAGAGAGAAUACAAAUUUUAUGUGAAAGCUUCACCUGACGGGCGAGGUCUAGGUGACUGUCCUUUUACACACAGAGCCAAUAUAGGCCUCAAAGCUAAAGGUGUGACGGAUGUGAGUCUAGUCUUGAUUGAUCUCUCAAACAAGCCAGAAUGGUAUAAGAAGCUAAAUCCAGCUGGAUCAGUCCCUGCCCUCCAAUAUGAUGAUGAGAUUAUUACCGACUCAUACAAGAUAUUGGAGUAUCUGGAUGAGACGUAUCCAGAGCCUCCACUUAACCCGCCGAAUAACAAAGAAGCUGAAGAAGCAACUGGUCAAAUCUUUGGUGCCUUUUCUGCUUGGAUCAAGAACACCGAUGACUCAAAAGACUCCGAGCUAAAGGAAGCAUUUGAAGCCGAACUGGAAAAGAUUAACAAUUACAUGGGGCGCCACUCCUGGUCAAUGCUUUGCUCUGAUAGCUGGUCCUUUGCUGACUGUGUCCUUGCCCCAAGACUCUAUCACAUACAGACAGUUGCUGAAGACUUCAAGGGGUACACCCGCUUGAAUGAGUACUACAACUUGAAGCAGUACAUGGAUACGGUUUUUUUAAGUGAAGAGUUUGUCUCUACUUGUUAUCCCCGGGAAUACAUAUUGAAGGGAUGGGCUAAAUAUCGCAAAUAAACAAAGUCACAGAAACUAUGUGAAAUUUAUUUCUCUCUAUUAAUCACGUUGAUUUGUUUUUUUAGUAGUAUAUAGGUCUUUUAACAUCUUUUAGCUCAUAAUUAUUAUCAUAACGAUAAAGUUUACUUCUUGCUAUUAUCAUUAUCGCUAUCUAUUAAUUGUUUUUUUUCUCUCCAUGAUCAUCAAAAAUUCAUUUUAGCAAAAAUCAAAAUUCAAUUAUUACAAAAUCAUUAAUAAUUAUUAAAUUUUAUUGGUAAAGGAAAUUACGAUUAUAAGAAAAAUCUUAAUUGCAUGACACACACACACACACACAAAUCACAACGAGACGAUCCCUGAACCAGCUUUAAGUCUCGGCAUCAUUGUGUGUGUGUGAGGUGAGAUAGAAAGCAAUCAAGUCCUAAGUUUUACAGCUUAAGUUACAACUCUUCAAUAGCACUACUGCGAUCCAUUAAUCAUUCCCUGUAUGAGUGCCAUUAUUAUUCUUCUUGAUACGAUAUAAUCCCCUCCAUCCAUCGUAACCACAAUCAUCCAUUGAUCCAUUAAACCCCUUCAUAUCACCAUCCAUGGAUACAUACAUGUAGUAUGUUGUAGUAAUACCCCUCCAUAAAAAA